UAUUUUGGCAUCUUGGAUUAAAUUAGCAAUUUUACUUUCUAAAGAAGUUUUGGAUGGUGGUUUAAAAAUUAUUGUAAUUGUUUUUGAAGUAGUAUUGGGAUUGACAGGAUUUUGUGAGAAUAUUUUAUCAGGUGGUGGACUUGGGUUUAGUAAUACAAUUAUGCUUAU